AUGGCAAUACCUAAAAGGAAUCACAUAUUUUCACGAACAGAACUAUUCAAUAAAAAUAUGGUUUUAAAUUUCAAUGAUAUAAAGAAUUAUGACAUGUUGACCAAUCAUGCACGAUACAAUCGCCGUGAGUUUGUCUCACUGAUUCCAAAUGCAACCUACAUUACAAUAUUACGUCACCCUUUGCAACAGUUUGAAUCAGCAUUUGGGUAUUUUCAAUGGGGCAGGUUCAUUCCGACAAAGGACCCAAUCUCUGAAUUCUUACGCAAUCCCCAGCAAUACACCAGUGUGAUUCCUUGGAAUACUCGAAAUGGACAGCUGUUCGACCUUGGCCUGAGCUCAACACAGACACUGGAUGAGGAGAUGGUGAACGAGACAAUGAAAACCUUGCACAAAGAAAUGGAUGUUGUACUUAUCACUGAAUAUUUUGACGAGUCUUUAUUAAUAUUACGGGAUCUACUAUGUUGGUCUGUCAAUGAUAUAUUGUACAUGUCCAAUGGAAUACGGAGCGACAAUGGACAUAGCAAUCUGACAUCAACUGAUAAGGAUAAAAUACUAGAGUGGAAUAAGUCAGAUUUAAAGCUUUAUCUGUAUUUUAGGAAAGUAUUGUUCAAAAAAAUACGUGAGUACGGUCCAUGUUUCAAGCACCAUCUCCAGGAAUUCCGUAAACUCCAAAACGAAACACUUGAGAAGUGCAUUGAAAAGGAAAGGUUCAAAGAUAUUCAAGGAAAAGAAUUCCGACAUGUAUUGAAAGAGAAUGCCACAGAGUUUUGCAUUAAUGUUUGGAGGGGUGAUGUAACAUUUACUGAAUUGAACAGGAAACGGCUUUCUCAUCUCUAA